GGAUGCGGUCAAUUGGGAGGGCAGCCACAGCCUCCUGUUCCUCUCAUAUAAGCUGCCAUCCGCUCCUCGCAAUCACAACUUCAUCCUCAGCCAUCGAAGCAGUCUCUCUCCUCUUCCAUCGAUCAUGGGCAGGUCGCCUUGCUGCGAGAAGGCUCACACCAACAAAGGAGCAUGGACGAAGGAAGAAGACCUCCGGCUUAUCUCCUACAUUAACGCUCACGGCGAAGGAUGCUGGAGAUCUCUCCCAAAAGCCGCAGGCCUUCUACGGUGCGGCAAGAGUUGUCGGCUUCGCUGGAUAAACUACCUCCGCCCUGACCUCAAGCGCGGCAACUUCACCGAGGAGGAGGACGAGCUCAUCAUCAACCUCCAUAGCCUGCUCGGGAACAAAUGGUCUGUGAUCGCCAGGAGGUUACCGGGGAGGACCGACAACGAGAUCAAGAACUACUGGAACACCCACAUCCGGCGCAAGCUCCUCGGCCGAGGGCUCGACCCGCAGACCCACCGCCCCAUCGGUGGCGACUCGCAGUCCACCGCUUCCUGUGAGCAGCACGCGUGCAGCGGAGUGACCAUGGUCGAGGGACGACGAUGGUGCCCUGACCUCGACCUCACCAUGGGCCUUCCCUACGCUUCCCCGAGGUCAUCGACCUCGUCGGAGGUCCUGACCACACCCGCAGAAGCAGAAGCAGAAGCCACAACGCCAGCUUCGGUGCUCCCCCACGUUCGAACGAUCUGCUUCUGCUAUCACCUGGGAUUCCGAAGCAGCCAGGUCUGUAGCUGCCAAACCAGUUCCACCGGGCCUGUUCUCGGAGGAAGGGCAGCAAACCACUCAUCUCGCGCCUCUUCUUCUGCCAGAGACCAAUCUUGUUGACUCCAUACAGGAGAUAUGGUUCUUUCUCUUCUCUUUUUAGCGGUGUAAGAAUGCCAAAAGGCGGCCUUUUGGAUCGAUGGUAAAGUAAUUAGCAAGUGUUUAGGACGAUGUGUAGUAGCGAAGAAGAAGAUUGAGAUCAUGUUUUAUGAAUCAUCUAACACAUUUUUUUUGUUGA